AUGCGUCUGCUCCACACAAGCUCCCUGGAUCUGGUCGAGAUUCCCGACGAUGCCGUGCCCAGCUAUGCGAUCCUCUCCCACACUUGGGGUGAUCAGGAGAUCACUCUACAGGAGAUGGAGCGCGUCAUCACCAACGACUCAGACAACCGCUCUGCCGUGAACCGCAUCACCCAGAAGGACGGAUAUCUCAAGGUGAAAGCCGCUGCGGCCAUGGCCCUCAGUCGCGGCCUCGAGUACUUAUGGGUAGACACCUGCUGUAUUGACAAAUCGAGCAGUGCAGAGCUGUCCGAGGCCAUCAACUCGAUGUACCUUUGGUAUCAACAGUCCGAAGAGUGCUAUGCCUUGCUUUCCGACGUCGGUCCUGAGGCUGUCGAGGACUGGACGGACCCUCAGUCUAGCCUUUACAGCAGUCGGUGGUUCACCAGAGGUUGGACGCUACAGGAGCUCGUCGCUCCAAGCAUCGUGCUCUUUUACGCCAGCGACUGGACCUUUCUUGGCCGGAAAGACAAACCAGAGUCGUUUACCAGGGUCAUCAGUGAAGUGACAGGUGUCGGCUGUGAAGUCUUGGAUGGGAGGAUUGAUCCUUUGCAACUCAGUGUGUCUGCACGGAUGGCCUGGGCGUCUCGUCGCCAGACAACCCGGCGAGAGGAUGUGGCGUACUGCCUAAUGGGUCUCUUCCAGGUCAACAUGCCCCUUCUAUAUGGCGAAGGGAGUCGAGCUUUUAGGCGGUUGCAGGAGGCGAUUCUCCAGCAGACGGAUGACCAGUCCUUAUUCGCGUGGAACUCGGCGGAUGACAUCGAGGAUGAGGACCAGGAUGCUCUUUCGAGUCUUCUCGCAAAAUCUCCAGCCCAGUUUGCGUAUGCAGGUGACAUCCAACCUCUGCCACCACUGCCCACCUACGCAAGCAUGCCGUCCAGCAUGACGAACCAAGGUCUUCAUGUCCAUUUUUACUUACGGCCUGCCGAGGAUGAUUUUGGAGGUUCCUACGAAGCUCCAAUGGAGGAAGACUUUGAUGCCAUUUUGGACUGUGUCAUCCGUGUUGAUAACACAUAUCUUUGCCCUGUUAUCCGACUUCGUCGUCUCUCUGAGGACCAGUACGGGAGAAUUCAGACCAGAUCGAGAAGGCUCUUACCACCGCCCUCUCCCUACAACUAUUGCAGCGAGGACGAAGGGUAUCAACAUGUUUACGUCCGACAGGAGCCCAUGUACUAUCACCUGCCCCAGUUCAGAAUCCCACCAUCACCAACCCCCUCCCCUCCAGAGUCCGAAUUCGGCAUCAGUAGCACCAUGUCAUCAUCGGACCACUCUCUCUAUCGAUUUUCAAGCGCCUUCCCUCCUCGGCAAUGGAAUUCACACACCAUGACUCUCAAAGUAAACUAUUCACGCAAGAUUCAAGCCAUGGGCCUCUUCAGGUAUCAGAGCAGCACAUGGGAGAAUUCCGCGAUUGACGUGGUUGUUGGUCUGAGACGGCUCAACGCUAUGCAAUGGGAGGGCUGGUGUUUCCAGAUGCGCAGCGCAUGUUCGAUCGAGGAAUCUUUCGAUUCAAUCAACAGCAAAAUCUCCAAAGCGAUUGAGGGUACAAAACACGCGGAUAUUUCACCCGGUCUACUCCGGGAUACCAUAGGUGAUGAUGCUCGAUUGAUAACAGAAGCAACUGUGAGCGGGACUCAGCUCCAAGGUCGACUGUACGUUUCUAUUACGCUCGCUACAAAGCCCGAAAUCCAAGCGGCUGGUGUGACGCUCACACCUGAACAACAAGAGAAGUUGAGGGAAUCCUUGGUUGAACCCAGCAAUGAGGACGAGGAUAUGGUGAAUGAAUUCGAAGGCCAAGAUAUUGAAAUGCUUCAGCGAGAUGUCCAACUACUGACCGGGCCAUGUUCUCAAACGACAUGGGAGGAAUUCGUAGACCAUGACCCAGAGACUAUCGCUAGCUUUAAUCCUCGGGCCGUACGCAGCCUGGAUAGGGAACCACGAGAGCCAACGGAGCCUUCCAAAGACAGCUCCGAUACAAAAAUACACGACGGGUCAUCCAGCAGCCCAAGGAACUCAUUAAAUCUCCCCCAACCAGCGAGCCACGAACGACAGCCGAGCAGCGCAAGAAGCUCUUGGAACCUCCUCCGACCCCUCAGCCAUAUCUUGACGAUGUCAGCAACACUCAGCAGCCCCUUUGAACCGACCAGAAUAGAAAAGUUGAGGAGCACGAGCAGCCCUCUGACGAGUAAAAGCACCAAGCAGGCCGCGUCAAUCGGGUUCUUUCUCGGAUACUUGCGUGACUUUAUCGCGGAGCUAAAGCAGGGUCCGGUGGCAAAUUUCACUGCUUCUCCUAUGCAACUGUUGGCGAUCUACCUCUUUGAUGGGGAGAAAGAAAAGGCGGAAAAAGUCAUAUCCAGGUAUCCAGAGUUACUGGAUCCUGGAAAUUCAGAAGCUGCAACCUCCGACAAAUAUGGCCUUCACCCAGUACACUGGGCCACCGCUGGAGGCUUCACCGAAUCUCUAGACCUCCUCUUGAAGAAACGAGGCAGGGAAAUUCUUCAGGUAGUGUCACGAGGUGGCCUGGGUGCUCUCCACAUUGCUUCCAUGUGUGCUAGUCCAUCUUGGAUUGUGAUCCGGGACGCUCUAGAUAUGGACUCCUUCACUGCUUUGGCAUCCCUACCAACAAAACAUCUUCAAGAAACGCCUCUGCACCUUAUGGCUGCUUACUAUAGCCGUCGGCCCACUGCGAGCGAUAGUGAUGACUUCUAUACCUGGCUUCAGCUUGUAGGUGAGCUUGUAUCGAAUGUCUCUACUGAUUGCCGUAAUUUGUACGAAGAGACGCCACUUCAUCGCGCAGCAGCCUGCAACAACGAAGCUAUGAUUGACUUCUUACUCGGCCAAGCACGAAACAGACACCUAGUUGAUGCGCUCGACAGAUUCGGGCGAACGCCAAUCUGGCAUGCUGCCGCCACAGGCUCAACUGAAGCUGUCAAGGCGUUGAUCAAGACCGGCGCCAGCAUAAACCUCGCCGAUGAUCUAGGUAUGACUCCUCUGCAUGCCGCUUCCAGAGAGGGGCACUGCGAUGUCAUCCUUUUGCUUCUCCAAUACAGAGCAUACAUCGCAAGUGAGACGUUAGUUCUCAACUUCACGGCGCUGGAUUACGCGGCAAUGUUUGGGCAUAACCCGUGUGUUCGAGCCUUUGUUACGACCAACUUAGCUCUAAGUUUCCCCGAACCUACCAGAUGGAUGGAAGACAUUGGCUCGCUAGUCGAGCAAGACCAUCGCCUACAAUGGGAUAAAAUUAAGACAAGGGCGCUCCAAAUCGCCUCCUCGUGUGGCUGGCUGGGGUGUGCCUCGACAUUAUGCAGAUAUCAUGCCGACCCUUUCAUUCCAAUGGGCUACUAUGUUAAGCUAAACGACACGCAUAGUUGUGCCUUUGUCGUCAUGGAGAAGGCUAGUGCUUUGACAUCUGCUUUGCGGGAGGGCCAUGAGGACAUUGCCAAGUUGCUUGAAGAGCAGUCAUCUGACAAUGGGGGCAAUGAGGAACAUGGCGAAGAGCAUACGACACCUCUUCAUGAUCCAAUCGAAACAGAUGAAAGGGAGGAGAUGCAAGAUAAUAACAAUGAAUACGCCGGGACGGCCCCAGGAGAGAUUGGAUAUUCUCCAGACUAUUCGCCGAUUAGUGUGGAAGAUGCUACUCGUCCACCAACUCAGGACUUUUUGGAAGGUCAUCUAGAACCAAUCCAACCACAACUUGACGAAGGCCGGACUGGGCGAAAAAAUCGACCCGUGGUCCAUGCAGUGGAUCUAGGGAUAGGAGCGAUUGACCCCGGGGUCGGGGCACGGCGUCACGCGCGACAUGCGCGACCCAGCUCUGUCAGCUCUCACAGCAGGGCCCACGACGAUGAACGUUAUGAAGAACGCCGUUAUGAAGAACGCCGUCAAAGGAUUGAUCGUGCUCGUCGAAGAUUGGAAAACCAACAUUCUCGCAUCAGUUCUCGUAUAAGUGAGGACGAUCCAGAAGAAUUCAUGCGUAGUGACGGUGUGCCACUCCGUGAGCGUUUCGAGCGUCCCCCAACAUCAAGUCGACCACCGCCGCAAUCGGAGCACCGAAUCUCAAGAAUACCUGAAUACAACUACGCAUCUGAGCCUCAAAAGGACUCCAGUUCCAACGUGGUUCAGCAGCCAGGCCAGUCAACUGUUUUGACAAUGCAAACGGGCUCUGGCCCUGGCUAUUCAAGGUUUGGUAGCCAGCGGUCGGCUCAGCAAUACCAAUACAGCGCACCUCAACACCGGCGGGGACCGUCCUCAGCUCAACAAUAUGACGCGUCUCAACCCUAUCCCAUGCCGCCUGGCUACAUCAACCUACAACGGUCUGGCUCCUCCAAGGUAAGCCAAUGGGCAAGGGGGUCAUCCAGGGGCAGCGACAGAAGUCAGGGUUCCACCAGCGUCAGGCAUACAACAUCUCAUUCGAACCGGCAAAGACCAUCCCAAUAUAGGGCAUCAGACAAUGGUCCCCCUACUCGACCCACGGCCCAACCUGCGUAUUCCUCCAGGCAGAGGACGAUCUACGAUGACGAGGACCCGAUUAGUAAGGUAGAACGGCCCUACAAUGCUAGGGGCUCACAAGAUAUGGUCCCCAACCCAAAGCUGUCGCUCCCUGCCCGCCCCAAACCAAGACUUCGGCUAAGCCCGCCUACAACAUAUUCCAGGACCAUCCUGUCUGCGCCGCCUGACGUAAGACAGAUUGAUGAAAACAUCAUUCUGCAGCCACGGAUCCUGGGACCUCUGGCAUCACCCUCUGGGUUCAGUUAUCAGUACUCCCCGAAUCCUCUUUUGCCGCGAGACGAGGCUCAAGAACAGUGGGAGGCGGCUCAGUAUUCACCCUCUACCCCUGAGCCGGAGAGUCUAGAAAGACGACUGUUAUCUAUGCUGGGUGCUAUCGGCCAUCCCAGUAUGAUAGAGAACAUAGUAUCCGAAUAUGAUAUAGAGAUACAGUAUGACGAGACAUAUGGGAUCGUGCGCAGAGCACCAGGCUCGGAGGGCGAUGGCGCAGAGAGGGACGGGGAGGGUCUCCCUGUGUUUGAACUCCCUGCUAUAGACUAUGAUGAUUGA